ACUUCGUAGUUUCUACAUUUGGAAUUUCCUUACUGUGUUGGAUUAUCGACGAGGAAGAAGCCUAUAACUUCCGUUUUUUGCCUUUCUGCAAGAAGGCGAAUUUGGUUACUCGUAACUGCCAGUCAGGAAUGGAAGAUUCUGAAAUUGUCGACGACCUGAUGCUGCGUAUCGAUGUCAGUGACGGGUGGUCGUAUUGUGCUGCUGUUUCCGUCCGUUGGCUGACUAAACCGCCCUAUUGCGACUGCGGCGCCGAACGCACUGCUUAAGCAGCAGUCCACUAAAUCCCUCUCUCUCCACUGGACUCUAGAAACACAGGGCUGUCUUUCAUAUGCUGGCGCGUCAGUGGUGGAGAUGGCUGGGUUUCUGUGACGUGCAGAACUUCCACUUCGACAAGUAAGUUUGGGAAGGGUAAGCUCGCAAAACAUUAUCUGAAGGAAAGGUGAAGGAAAUUCCUGCUGUUCAACAAAUGUACUUGAGGAGAGAAUAAGCAUAUACUUGGACUUCGGGCGCCUUCAGCUAAGACGUUUCCAUGGUCCCAAAUUUUACGGAUGCUUGAGCCUUGAGCCUGCUUACUUGGAGUACCGCAAGGGAAUUUGACGGGCCGAAAAGCUGCAGCAAACCAUGGAGACAUGUGGUGUGGUCCAGUCGCUCGGGGGUCUAUGAAUGAGCCGAGCCUCUCCUGACCCAUGAAUGACGGCCUUGUCUGAUUCCGGUGACAAUCGCACUGGGAUGAAUCACGGAUCCACUCCUGCUUGUAUAUGUGCCCAAUUACUGUACCAGUGUCGGUGUUUUCUGAUCACGGCCACAACCUCUGAGUGGCAAAAGUUGUUGAGCCACGAGCUCUUCACGAGCUAUUCAUUCGUGAGACCUGACGGAUGUGUGGUCUGAUCGAAAUCUGUAUGACCAUCGAGAAAGGACGACCGUAUGAGCGUCUAGCUCCUGACGUAGUACCGACUCUAUCGAAUAUGUGGUAUUUGGUGCUCCGGCCUUCCGGGGAUUUCCACUGCUACGGCAACUUACUGCCGCCGUCUCAACAACUCAGCUCGCCAAUAUUCUACAUGUGCUCCAAGCUUGCCGCAAGCUUUAGUGACGUGCGUUAUGAUACUUCCAAAUCAGUGUCGUGGAGUAAAUUCCUGAGUCUUGUUCCAUGGUGCGCGCGCGCGCCUUCCUUGCACUCGAGACUCGAGAUUUGCCAAAUGACAGCGCGGAGUUGGUGUUCGUCGGCUUUUCGUAUUGCAGAAUUUUGACCUGCUACCCCCAUAGGGUACUUGCAUGAAUCUCACAGGCCGCCGACGACGUACGAGGUGUCAAGGUGCCUCGGAAAGUAAAGUCUGCUGCCUAGCCCAGAACCUCCGCAAAGUCCAGAAACCUACUGUAUCUGGGUUUGGGUCCACAGAGCUACACCUUCCUCGGAUGCCCGCCUGCCUGCGCACAAGUGCCACUCUUCUCCUCGCACACUAGAGGCCAAAUCAAGUUUCCGAUGUCCGUUUUGGCGACAUUCCUCCUUCGCACGUGCAAAGGCCCUGGACAUUUGCAGCCUCUAUAAUACGAGCCCCGGCUAAGCGCGAGACCUUGACGUGUUUUAUAAGAUAAUCGAGGAGUAUUGCAUAAAUACAUUUUGCCACUAGGAUCUCUAUUGCUGUGUGUAACCAAACCUGAGUACGCUUAAGAGAUUGAAGGGUGACGACUGCAAGAAAGAUGUGUUUCGAUAUGCUUCAAAGUUCGUGUCAAAUACCAUGAGAGUUAUCAACAAAGAUUGUUCUUUGUUAAAUAUGUCUAAGUGACAGGCCUCGGUACGAGGAAGGUGCCCUGUACUAGCCUUGCACGUCUCCAGGGAUGAUAGAGACUUCAACUUGGACUGGACGCUAUCCAUGUGGAAUCUGGCACCUGCUCUGGCUGAUUCAGAAAAGCGACGUGGAAGCUACAAGCCGUAUAGCGAGGAAUCCUUACGGUUCGCAUCGUUUGAGGGGUCUCCGACAAAAAUGCGGCACACAAGUUACAUGGUGUACAGUUCACGACAAGGAAACAUCACAUCCUUUACUCUCAAAACUAGUGUUUCUUUUUGACGCAUCUUUCGGCCUUGAGCUGUUGCGCUUUUCCAGACACUUCAAGCCUUAUGUGGAGACAACCAGAUCCGGAGACCAUCAGGCUCUGAGGAAUCUCCCCGAGCUUCGCCCGGCCUUGAACUCGAUCCUUAAAUGAUGGGAAGUCUCCAGUCCACCCACGACUCUACUCUUGACCUUUCUUCUUGUGUACUUCUGUUGUUGUCACCUGGUUCACCGGCUAUGUAUGCACUAAUGACAUAAUGUGCGCUCAUGGCCUUGGAGAAUUGGAUGAUGGAAACAGUGAGUGACAAGGUCCCAGGAUAAAUAUGUUCAUAUCACAAGUACUUCACUGCUCUGUCUUUCUCUCCAGAUAUUAAAUAUUUAGACAACCGUUACCGAUAGUUUUGCAGCGCCUACUGCCACGUGCUAUUAAAAAGAGAUCUGCCUCGUCGUUGCCUCAGAGCUAAGACCUCCUGUCCUUGUUUACAACUUAUUUGUCGUCG